AGAGCGUUCACUGAUUAGUACUCUGGCAGGUGGUUUCAGCUCGGGUGGAGGGAGUGUUCAUGGCUGGGCUGGCUGUGGACAAGAUAUUGAUGGCGUCUAUUGCCUCCUUGAAACUCAAAUGCCUAUAUAAUACCUUUCCACGGCCUAUCUUCCGUCUGAUGCUGUUCCGGUCUCGGCUAACUUGAAUCUUGUUAACAUCUUUAGCCCCUGUCUGCCUCCCCAUUGCACACAAAAUGGCCAUCUGCAGUAAAUCCGUGGCUUUCAACCUAGACAAGGACAUCCCGCCGCUCAACGGAAAGGUCAUCCUAGUGAUGGGAGGAAACAUCGGGCUCGGAAAGCAAUGCGUGCUCGAAUUCGCGCGCCACAACCCUCACCAGAUCCAGCUCGCAUCACGCAACCUCGACAAGGCAAAAGCGGCAGCAGACGAGAUCAGGGCGCAAGUCCCAGACGCACCCAUCAAGAUCCUCGAGCUGGACCUCACCUCCUUCGACUCAGUCAAGCGCGCAGCCAGCACCGUUCUCUCAGCCUCCUCCCGCCUCGACAUCCUCAUGCUCAACGCCGGCAUCAUGGCCAUCCCGCCAGGCCUCACCAGCUCCGGCUACGAGCUCCAAUUCGGCACAAACCACAUGGGCCACGCCCUCCUAACCAAGCUCCUGCUCCCCCUCCUAACCAACACCGCCGCCGCCGACGCCGACGUCCGCGUCGUCUCGCUAUCCUCCCACGGCCACGUCUACCUCCCGCGCGGGGGGUUCCGCUUCGACUCCCUGCGGACCACCGCCGACAGCAUGGGCGCCUACUGGCGGUACUAACAGAGCAAGCUGGCCAACGCGUUGUGGGCGCGGCUGACCGUCGUGGCCGUGCACCCGGGGGUGGUGCGCACGGGUCUGAUGGAGGGGGCGACGGGGUCGCCAGCCGUGGUGCGGGUGCUGGCGAGGGUGGCGAGGAGGCUGUUGACGCCUGUUGAGGAGGGGUUUCGGAAUCAGCUGUGGGCUUGUGUGGCGGGGGAUGUUGUGAGUGGGGAGUACUAUGAGCCGGUUGGUGUUGGUGGGUUGGCGAGUGCUGAUGGGAGGGAUGAUGAGCUGGCUAAAAUGGUUUGGGAUUGGACGGAGAAGGAGCUGGAAGGGCAUUCCUGAUCAUCUGCUAUCGACUGACAAAAGAC